AUGGCGCGGGCGCCGCCGGGCCUGCUGAGGGGUCGCGUGGAGUCGCUGCUGGCGGACUACGAGUCCGAGCGGGCGGCGGAUGUCUUCGGCCUGGGCCCCUCCGGCAACGCCGCGACGCGGGAGCAGUGGUUCCAGGACACCGUCUCCUCGGACUUCAGCUUCCUGGCCGCCGUGCACCUCGCCUCCGAGCGCCUGGCCACGCCGAAGGGCUCCGCCGCGGUCUACCGCUACCAGUUCGACGGCUUCGGCGGCCGCGGCGACGCUUUCCACGCGGCCGAGCUGGGCCUGAUGCUGGGCGAGGGCAGCCGGGAGGCGCCCGAGACCCAGCGCGCCGUGCGCAACGCCUGGCUGGACAGCUGGGCCGCCUUCGCGCGCACCGGCGACCCCAGCACCGCCGCCUGGGACCCGUGGGGGGUGACCGAGACGUUCGCGAAGCCUGUGGUCCGGAAGCGGCGCGCGAAGGAGGAGGCGGGGAAGAAACAGGACAAGUUCCUAGAGGAGGCGGGACCCCAGGUUGGUCAGCUCGCAAGCUACCUGAAGAAGGAGCUCGGCGAGAUGAUCACCGACAAGCUGGGGGAGCAGGACACCAGGAUGCAGGCGAUCGAGGAGAAGAUGCCAGGAUUGGCCAAGGUCUCGGAUGAGGGCUCCGACUAUCUGGAGAAUAGGCUCGAUGGUUCCUGUGAGAAGGUCGCCUCCUUGGAGGAAAGACUGGCGAAGCUUGAAGCGGCCGAUCCUGCGCCUGGUGAUCCUGGACUGGCGGCAGAGCUGGCCGAGAUCAGGAAGAAGGUUGAGGCCAAGACUAGCCUCAACGAGGGCCAGAAUGACGGCGAGCUCACAUAUGAGUGCCGGCUCAUCGCCUACGUCGCGAACCUUGGCUGGGACACUCCAGCUGCGGAGGCUUCCUGUGAAGGUAAUCGCAAGCAGUUUACCAAAAACGCCCGGAGGACGAAAAACGAGCAGAAGCCGAACCGCAUGACGCACAGGAUCCACGAAGAGUUGGAGCAGAUCGAGGGGAGGCGCGCUGGGGACAAGAAGGCGGUCACCAAGGACCUCUCCACGAAGUCUGUCAGGGUCGGCGACUCGACUGCGGGCUUCUGCAAAGGCUUGGAAUGGCAGUGGUGCCAGGCCGCCAGGGACCGGUACACCGUCGAGGACCUAGAUAUAGCAAAGGCUUACGCGGAGCAGCCUUGA